AUGAGCCGACCCGGAGUGCAGAUGGACGUUGAGUCCUGGAGAAUGACUGUGAACCACAUACACGAGAUGUCCACUCUCGUCAAAGAGCUCGAGCUCCGCCAUGGCAUUGACCCGCGCAAUGCUGUCAGCCGCGAGAACGCCAUGGACAAAUUGCGCAUCGAAGCCUACAACAUUCAUAGCUGUGAGAACGCCCCGGAACUCAUUCGCAACAUUCUGGAUCAAGCAAAUCGCCUCCAAGCAGGCUUGGAGGCUGUUCUUGCAAUAGAGAGAGCGGCAUGCUCCGCCCCCUUUUCCGGCAACGAACUACACCUUGACUAUGACCGCUACUCACUGCACUUGGGCGAUUUCUCAGUACACCAAAGCGUAUCACGAACCAUGGAAGCCAUGAGCUUUCCUUUGGAGCAUCCGCCAGAUCCGCAAGCGUCCAAGGCCAAGGCUCAGGCCUUGCGGAGGACGGUCAUACCUACCGAUGUAGAUGAUCGACUGGAUAGCUAUUGCGGCUUUGACAUUGAUACAUCAGAGAAAUUCACAAAGAGCACAUUCAUGGUUCUACAGAGCGUUGGCAUGACCGAUGAAAUAGCCAAUGUUCUAAGGAGACGCCAGGAGGUUGCAGCAGCGAUGAGGAGGCCGCUCCGCGCACCGUUACAGGGUCAUCCCAGGGAGCACUGGGCUCUAUCCUAA